AACCUUAUUAUUAUAUUUUGUAUAACUUUUGUAUUGUAUUUUAUGGCCGGUAGGCUACGUGGCAUAGGCCUAUGUAUCAAUCUACUAAAUGCGUCAUGGGCUGUUGGGUCUUUGUUUAGCAGUUUCAACCCUAACCCCACCUGGAGAUGUGUCCUCAGAAACCGUAACAACAACAUAUUUCGUUGAGGCACAAAAACUCAGAUGAACAGAAUCCUGGAAUGAAUUGAGCUCUGCACUCCUGGAUGGGCUACCAUUUCACAGCCAUUAAAACAGCUCCAAGGCCCAGUGUACACCACAAUGGUUCCAUCUUCGAGACAGUCUCAGAACAGAGGGUCGAAGACAGGCAAAAGUACAAAGACAUGGCUAAAAGGAGAGACGAAAUCAUGGUGCUUCUAAAAAAACAGAGAGAGGAAAGAAUAAAGAGAGAGAUGCUUUCUCGCCCCUUUAAGCCCAAACCCAAGUGUCAUCAAAGUAACAGACAUGAUCCAGAUACCUCUUCACAGGAUCUACAAGAGGACAUACAGCAUGUUAGGAGCCUACAGUAGACUCCGAGUUCAGAUCCAAUACCCAUCAGUGAAUCACUUUACCCAGAGAUCCCUGUGGGAAAGGAAGUGUACUGAAUUGUGCAUUUUCAAAUCAGUGCACAUAAUUUUGCAAAUUGAAAUGGUGUAAUCUGUUUUAUUCCUGGCCCAUCUAUGUAGACAAUACAAUUAUGUAUUUAUGUCUGUAAGGGCCGCAGUUAUACUGCUGAAAAUACUUGAGUGUGUCCAAACAAAAGAAGCAAUUUACUUGAGAUUAAAUCCUGGUCUUACUCGUUCAAAUAAAAUAAACUUGCUUCCUGCACAAGCUUUGCUUCUGUUUUAAUG